AUGCCUUCAAAACCGAUGCGCCUGCCGCCCGUCAAGGUCCUCCGUGUCCGCGAGCCCAACAGGCAAGUCGAAAACCCGUGCACGCAGGCCAUGACUGCCGUUCUCGCAUGCUGGGCCUCCGCCGGCUAUAACUCCGCCGGCUGCGCGGCUCUCGAGAACGCCCUGCGCCACUGCAUGGACCAGCCUCAGAAGCACCAGAAGGCCUCGUCCACCAUCAACUACCACCUCGGUCGCAUGUACCACAAGGUGGUGCCUCACUCCAAGGGCAAGUAG